UGGACUGAGUACCUGGUGGCAGUGGUUUGGAGAAAUCUUGGUGGUCAUCACAUAUCCUAUGUAGUGGUGCCGAAAACGCGACUGCCAUCUGCUCUUGUCGCCUACACUAUGACCACGAAUCCUUCACAUAUCCUUAUCGCCCGCAGUUCACGGGGGAACAGCAAUCCUUCAGCUUCCCUCAGCUCACCUACUGAAACACAUGCGGCUGCCGCAGGCAUCUUUCGUUCUUCCAGCUCCCCCCCUUGGAAUCACCAAGAAUAUGAGGCAGAAGACCCAGUAACUGACCUUAACCUCAGUGAUACAGACAAGGCUAUCGAAAUAGACCAGACCUUCACCUGUAGUGGAAGAUUCCCUGGUACUGUCAAAAUAAUUGUAGAGAGUACGACAUUCUGGGCACACAAGGAAAUCCUGUACUUCGCCUCCCCAUUCUUCCAGGCUGCCCUCAGCGGAAGUUGGCUCGAAACUGGCCGGCCACCCUCGUUGUCUUCCAUGAUCACAAUUUCUCACCAUACGGAUCGAUCCUGCUGUCCGACUCCCAUCUCGCUUUCCAAUCAUAACAGGGAGGAAGCCGUUAGUGAUACCACAUCAGAUUCAUCGUCUCCUGUCGAAGUAGAGUGCCCACCGACGAGUGGCAGCGAGGCUAGUGGUGUCAGCGAGAGUGAACCCGAGGAAGCAGGCGACUACAAAUCGCGCGAACGGAGAGUGAGACUUGCAAAGCCUCGUAAUUCCGGCCAAGUGUCCGGAUAUGAUUUAAAGGGCAAGGGAAAGGCCACAGAUACCUGUCAUCCUUUAUCUGCGCGUUCUCAAAGUACGCGUAAGGCUGUUAAAAACCGUAGGAAAACAAGCGAGCAAGAUGCAGUUAUCGUCCUUCAAGAAGAAAAGGCUAACAUCUUCCAUGAUUUUCUCAAAUACGUAUAUCCUCAUCUCCAAUGCAAUAUUUCGUGGAACAACGUAGAGGGCCUCAUGAAUAUCUCCCACAAGUUCUGUGUACCAACGCUUCAGCAAGACUGUCUCAACUUCCUCCUUACGCACGCAGCGGGAAAGCCUAUCAAAGCUAUGCGUAUCGCGGAAAUUUUUGAGGAAGAGGAACUCUACCGCGAGUCGAGCCGCUUUGUACUCGAUAACCCUGGCGGAUGGUCGGAAGAAGAACUGAGCACGUUAAGCCAGGAAACCUUGCUUAAGCUAGAGAAGCGGCGGAAUUGGUUCCUCGAACGGGUUCUCAAACUUGGUCUCACGCCUCUGGCCAAAGAGUAUCAAUGCUGUGCCACUUGUCCGGACCCCCCCAACUGUGCUCGGUUACUCGAGGAGAAAUGGAGGCAGGCCUACAAUGCUGUAUUUCGCUUUGGUCCUUGCCAGCCUUCGAUGGUUUACCGAUACCUGAGAAAUCUCGAAGGAGUCAGUCCACCACUCACUCUUACUCAUCUUGCUUGCCAAGCCACCGCCAAGGCAUUUACCGCUACACUUUUCGACCGCAUGUUCUCCAUCCGCAGCGAUGCAGCCGUUGCAUCCUUAAGCGGUGGUGGUGGUCGUCCCGCUGCGGUUGCGGCAACACCUGGCAGUCCUCGUCGCCACUUCCUCUACUGUACUCUAAAACCCGAGAAGGCUGUGCCACGUGCUCGCCGUUCGCGCGAGCUUUUGUAAAUACUUGACUAUGAGGGUACCUACCAGGUACCCGCCAUUCAUUCCUGAUCUUAAGGCAUUUCAACUUCUAUGGUCAAUCAACCCGAAACUGAUGGGUCUGUACUUACCUUCUCUAUCAUUUGCAUUUGUACAUCCAUUCCAUUCAGUUCUGGCAACUAGUAUGUAUUUCCAGAUAGGUUCAUGUUGUAUACAU